UGUGUCCUCUUCACAGGCGUCUCCUGGGCCCAGCGGGAGGUGACCGUCCAGCAGGGGCCCCUGUACCGCACCGUGGGCUCCCACAUUACCAUCUGGUGCAAGGUGAGCGGCUACCAGGGCCCCUCGGAGCAGAACUUCCAGUACUCCAUCUACCUGCCGUCCGCCCCCGACAGGGAGGUCCAGAUGGUCAGCACCCAGGACGCCUCCUUCUCCUACGCCAUCUACAGCCAGCGGGUCCGCAGUGGUGACAUCUACGUGGAGAGGGUGACCGGGGACCACAGCCUUCUACACAUCCGCCAGCUGCAGGAACGGGACGCCGGAGAGUACGAGUGUCACACCCCCAACACCGACCCCAAUUUCUACGGCAGCUACAGCGCCAAGGUCAACCUGAGCGUGAUCCCUGACACGCUGCUCGUCUCGUCCUCGGCUCAGACCCUGCAGAAGGUUGAGGGGGGCUCCCUGCAGCUCUCGUGUGACGUUUCCCACAGCACCCUCCAGCACACCCACAUUUCCGUGUCAUGGUACCGCAAGAAUGGCGAGCAAACGGAGGAGGUGAUCACCCUGACCCGAGAGUUCACCCUGCGCCCUGGUUCGUCCUACACUCAGCGCUUCUCGGUGGGCGACGUCCAGCUGAACAAAGUGGGGAACAGCACCUUCCGCCUGACCAUGUACAACCUGCACCCGUCUGACCAGGGGGAGUACUACUGCCAGGGGGCCGAGUGGAUAGAGGACCCCGACCGAUCCUGGUUCACUAUGACCACCAAACACUCCGAGGGGUCAGAGGUCAUUGUCCAAGCAACAGAUAAGGAAUUCAAUGUGCGUCUGGAGACGGACCGCCGUAUGUACAGCGCAGGGGAGGCCGCGGAGCUGCGCUGCAUCAUUGAGGCUCAGAACGCAGCUGACCGCAUAUUCGCGGUGUCCUGGGCCUUUAACAGCUCACUAAUCGCCAGUCUGAGCCCCGGCGGGGUGGCCACCCUGACCGGAGACUACAGCCAGAGGGAGGGUCACGGAGAGGUGCGCGUGGCCCGGGACAGUGACAGCAUCUUCUCCCUCAAGAUCUUUCGGCUUCGUCCAGAAGAUAGCGGCAAAUACAACUGCAGAGUGACGGAGAGGGAGAAGUCGGCGUCCGGCGAAAUGGCGGACCGCGACAGCAAAAGACCGAAGAACAUCCCCAUCACUGUCUCAGCCCUGAAGACCUCUGUUACGGUCACGGUGUUGGCGAACUCCAGCUCGGUCCUGGAAGGCUCCCGCAUCUUCUUGACUUGUUUGGUGGCCUCACUGUUUGGGCCACAGAGCCGCAUAUCUGCCUCAUGGCACCUCCAGGAUGCACAAAACCGCCAGAGAGAGGUCAUCCAGCAGGAUCGGGAUGGAGUGACCUGGGCGAGCCAGGCGUACCGAGAACGAGCCAGUAGCGGAGGUCUGCGGAUGGUGAGGUCCGGCUCCGACACCUUCACCCUAGAGCUGGAGAGCAGCCAGCGCCAAGAUGCUGGCUCCUACGAGUGCCGCGUCACAGAGUGGCUGCCCAGCUAUGACGGAGAUUGGCAGAGGCUGGGCGAGAGGUCCGCCAGGACCAGUGUGGACGUCACCUCGCUAGAGACGGGUUUUGCGGUGACGGCCAUCACCCGCACCCCUGGUGUCAGCUACUAUGACUCUUUUGACCUUCAGUGCAUCCUGAAGCCUCACUAUCCGCCCUGGGUGGGCAUCUCGGUGACCUGGCGAUUCCAGCCGGCCAGCGGAGGGGACAGCCAUGACCUGGUGACGUUCAGCCGCUCCGGCGGGGUGCAGUGGGGUGACCGAGCUGGCAACUUCCGAGGCCGCAGCAUUGUGGAGAAAACCGACUCCAGCCACAACGUGCGUCUGAGCGUCAGCCGGGCCAGCGACUCCGAGGCCGGGAAGUACCAGUGCGUGGCCGAGCUGUGGAGACGGGACUACAACUCCAGCUGGAGCCGCCUGGCAGAGAGAACCUCCAACCUGCUGGAGAUCCGAGUCCAGCGACCAGUGUCGCGGCUGCAGAUCAGUAAGGGGAAGCGCUUGGUGGCGGUGGUGGAGGGCUCAUCGGUGACCCUGACCUGCGCGGUGCGCUCUCAGAGUACCCAGGACUCCCGCUUCUCAGUGCUGUGGUUCGCUCAGGAGCCCUCGGGUGCUGACGGGAGGCUGAUUGUGCGCAGCGGGGCCGGCAUGGAGUAUGGCACUUACACCGAGGAGGCGGAUCUGAAGAACCGGCUGCAGCUGGAGGAGCUGACCCCCGGAAACUACACACUCACCCUGCUAGGGGCCCGGAGGGAGGACAGCGGCAGCUACUACUGCCAGGUGGAGGAGUGGGUGCUCGACCCCAACCAGGCCUGGUACCAGCUGGCCAAGGAUACAUCAGGACUGACGGAGGUCAACGUGAAAAUGCCCGUUAUUAACCUGCAGGUGGAUCAGCUCCCUCGAAAUAUUUCCUCCCUGGAGGGCGAGAACUUGACGGUGCCGUGCCGGGUGCUGAACCGUACCCUGCCGCAGUCUCGCCUGUCGCUGGAGUGGAUGGUCUGGGGGGCAGGAGAGUCUGAGAGGAGCACUGUGAGCCGGAUAUCCCCAGAUGGCGUCGCUCUGCCCCCCAGUGAGGAUGAAGACAGAGGAAGCUCCGAGUUCAGCAGUCGCCUUCACCUCGGGCAGCCGUCCCCCGGGCUCUACACCCUCACCUUACUGCGGGCCGAGGAGCAGGACAGUGGCGCCUAUAGCUGCCGGGUGCAGGAAUGGCUGCAGGACCCCACGGGAAAGUGGGACAAGCGGGCAGAGGAGCGGUCAGCUGCCACCUACGUCAGUGUGCGGCGCCCAGAUGCGGACCUCCUACUGGACACGGCGCCCCUCAAUGUCUCUGUGCUGGACGGUGGCCAUUUUGCUCUGGACUGCACCAUCUUAUCCCGUUCCCGGCCGGAUUCCCAGCUUGCGGUGUCCUGGUCUUUACACAGUGGAGGUCGAGGGGCGGACGCUGAGACCAUCCUGACGGCUGACCGCUCUGGGGUGUGGAGCCCCCUCGCCCCACGCUGGGAGGGCCGCCUGCAGCAGAUCCAGCUCUCGCCCACCAUGUAUAAGCUGCGGGUCCCUCAGGCCGGGCCGACCGACUCCGGAAACUACUCCUGCGCUGUCCAGGAAUGGAUGAUGGGGCCCCGCGGGGACUGGUACCUGCUGGCACAGGACGAGAGACUGAUCGGAUGGGUGACCGUGCAGAGCAAAGAAUCCAACCUGCAGUCGGUCAUCUGCUCCAACGACGCGCUCUUCUACCUGGUCUUCUUCUACCCCUUCCCCAUCUUCGGCAUCCUCAUCAUCACCAUCCUCCUCGUCCGCUUCCGCAGCCGACCGUCCGGCAAGACUGGCGAGGGCAAAAAUGGUGUGCCGCUCUUAUGGAUCAAGGAGCCGCACCUGAAUUAUUCUCCCACCUGCUUGGAGCCGCCCGUGCUCAGCAUCCACCCGGGCACCAUCGACUAGAGCAGCGUGCCCGCUCACUUCAGCCAAGGAGGAAUCGGGCAGACUGUGCCAGGACCCGCGGGCAUUGUGCCUUUCCCUGGCCCCUGCCAAAGCUUUGUAUAUCUGCUCCUCGGACAGAAGGGCGACCCAUGUGCACACUACCGGGCGGGGCCGUGGGUUCAGUACAUUGCCCCCUGCCGCCAUGUUUUAUUCCUCCUCUUUCUCGGAUGCCAGGCUGGCAGUGCCCCCCGCUCCGGUAGUGGGGGGGGAUGGACUCGAGCAGCAAGAGAUUGUAUCAUUUCUAUAAAAGUGCAUUUCACUCACAAGAGAUGUCUGUGUGGCCCCAAGGGCCCCACGCGGAGCCCUCUGUAAGCGCCCGUUCUGCCAUGUUUUUUAGCGUUUGCCCAGUUUUUAACCCUUGAUAUAUCUGUAUGAUUCUUUGUUGCACUGUGGGAUCAUGGGUCGACUGCCAGAAGGAGCGAUCUUGUCGUAAUACACUCCGGGAGUGAAAGUGUUAAUUCAGAGGGGUUGGGGUGGUCAGGUAAGUCUUCUUGGGAUCGCUGGGUCAGUCUUCCUCAUAGAUUACCCGCAGGACGGCCAUCUUGAAUAUGGAGGUGGAGCAUGGCUCAGGAACAGGAGAACCCAAUACGAAUUCGUGUACAUAGGGCCCCUGCUGGAAACCGUCUUCCUUUUUUUAUAAUGGUUCAUUCCAGUCCCAAUCCCUCCCCGUACAUGAUGCCAAAAUCAUGAUUCCAUUGGAACGCCAUCUCUGCGGUGCGAACGCCGGAUAUAAUGGCACCAACGGCAGCUGGGAAUUGGUUCUGUGGUCACUGCUUGUGAAAUGCUUAAUAAACUUAAGAGCGGCCUGCGUGAGGGCCAGCCCGCCGCCGCCGCACUGCGUGAGGGCCAGCCCGCCGCCACAGCACUGCGUGAGGGCCAGCCCGCCGCCACAGCACUGCGUGAGGGACAGCCCGCCGCCACAGCACUGCGUGAGGGACAGCCCGCCGCCACAGCACUGCGUGAGGGACAGCCCGCCGCCACAGCACUGCGUGAGGGACAGCCCGCCGCCACAGCACUGCGUGAGGGACAGCCCGCCGCCACAGCACUGCGUGAGGGACAGCCCGCCGCCACAGCACUGCGUGAGGGCCAGCCCUCCGCGGCCUCAACCUUGUGAGAGCCAACCAGCCGCACCAUGUGAGAGCCAGUCCGCUGCCCCAACACCGUGUGAGGACCAGCCCGCCGACGCCCGCCUUCCCCUCAUUUUGUGAUAUGUUGCACUGAGCUUGUUUUUUAUGAUCUUCAUUUGAU